AUGGGUGAUGUCAAGGAAGUAGAAGUGGAGGAGAAAUGGAAACUACACAACGAGCAAGAACAACCCUCCAUGCUGCAGACCCUAUACGGCUCGAUCAUAGCCUCGACGCUCAGCAGAGUUCUGCUUUACCCACUUGACACAGUGAAAGUAAAUAAACAAGUGGACACGAGCAACAGACAAGUGGGGGGUGCUGCCAGGCCAGCCAGCUAUGCAUGCACCUCCAAUCGCCUGAACAUAGGUAGAACCUGCUUUUUCCUCCCGGCCUUUAUACAAAAGUUUGGAUACAGGGGGCUCUACAGCGGUUUUGUCUUCUCCGCCAUGACGACCAUCCCGGCGACGAGCCUCUACUUCUGCUGCUUCGAGUACCUCAAGUGGAUCAAAAUAAACUGGAACGACAAACUACGGGACGAGAAAACGGGGCCAGGACAAACUACCAACUCAUUGAGUUUUGUGAAUUACUUCACCAUAGCUUUCCUGGCCGAGGCCAUGUCCUGCGUCCUGUUCGUCCCAAUUGAUGUUAUUAAGGAGAGGCUACAGGCGCAACGGUAUUUGCAACUGAAGGAGUACAAGACGUCCUAUCACCUGGUGAAGGAUUUAAUUCGCAAGGAGGGAUUCUUCAGGAUGUACAGAGGCUACAUCUCUACCUGCUUAACCUAUGGCAUGUUUGGAGGCUCAUUCUUCUUUCUGCAAAAUAUGGGAAUGGACCUCAUGAAAAGAUUAGAAAUCGAGACAUCCAAUUUUAACAGCCUCAAAUUGAAUCUAAUUUGUUCGAUGCUGUCUGGAAUUAUAACUUCCCCUCUUGAAGUAGUUAGGAUAAGGUAUUAA